CUCACCUCUCAUCCCUCUAUCUCUAAUUCCCAGUCCAUCGUCCUUCUUCCGCCCAGGGGAAACAGUAACAAGCUUUCUCGGCGGAAGCAGUCGGGUCGGUAUUAGUUGCCGAUGGCCAACGUGCCUUGCCCUCAACCCAUCGAACCAGUCAGUGCGUCCAUCCAGGCACAACCAUCGUCGUUUCAACUACCCUUGAGCCAAAUCCCGUGGCGACAAGCCCGGGCCUCCUGAGUCGCGGGGUGGACGGUUCAGCCCGUUGCUAGAUAAUCAGUCCCUGUUGCUCUUUUUCUAUAUUUGUUUUUGCCUCCCCUCCCUUUGACUUGUCCCCUCCCUCCUUCGCCCCACGCCGUGUAAAAUACCUUAACUCGUAAAGACAUCAGACAAAACCUGUUGUCGUCCACCAAUCGUGUGUCCUCCGCCAAGCUCUCCUCAUCAUGCCAUAUGGAACAUGAUGGCAGACGAGCUCGUCGCCGUGUCGACUCCUCCGUCGGAGGUGGGGUCCAACUUCAACAACCCGACCGAGUCCCUGGUACCCCAGGUCCUCGCCGUCUCCAUCGUGCUCAACCUGCUCGCCAUCUUCUUCUGCGCCGUCCGCCUGUACACGGCGAAGGUCGUCAUCCGCCGUCACCAGCUCGACGACACCCUCAUCUUCAUCGGCCUCGUCUUCGCCACCGCCUACUCCAUCAUCCAGGUCUACGAGACCCGCAAGGGCGCCGGCCACCACAUCUGGGACGUCAGCCAGGCCGACACCCUCGCCUUCCACCAGCUGAGCAUGGUCGAUCUCGCCGCCUACAGCCUGUCCAUCCUCUUCACAAAGGCCUCCAUCCUCGUCUUCUACCUGCGCUUCCCGCUGAAGCCGUCUGUGAGGCUUGUCGUGUACAUCUUCAUGUUCGCCACCGUCGCCUACUCGGCCGCCGGCGCCCUCAGCUGGGCCUACCUCUGCGCGCCCAUCGCCAAGAUCUGGAACCCGGAGCUGCCAGGGACCUGUGUUGACCGCUCCGCCUGGUGGCUGAUGCUCUCCGUGUCCAACGUGGCUACCGACCUCGCCAUCUUACUGCUUCCGAUAUGGAUUCUCUCGCCUCUGUCGCUGAGACUGGUCAAGAAGAUCGAGAUGACCAUCUUCCUCAUGGCCGGUGGAUUCGUCCUUGGGCCGAGCAUCGUGCGCAUGGUCAUGAUCCCCCUCGGCUUCAAAAACUCGGACUUUACCUGGAACGCCUCCAUCAGCAUCAUCUGGUGCGUGGUGGAAGCCAACGUCGGCAUCAUCUGCACCUGUCUCCCCUUCCUCAAGGCCUUUUUAAAGCACGUGUCGCCCAACAUCGCCAGGCGCAUCUCCGUGCCGGACGAGCCCAAGUCGCCCACCGUCUUCGACCGCGCCGCGGCGCUGCAGAGCUUCCCGCAUAAGCCCAAGUCCGCCCGCCGCAAGAGCCUCGGGCGGCCGUCGGUGAACGACGUGCCGGACGCCGAGAUGCAGGCGGUCAACAGGAACUGGCCGCUGAAGAAUGACGAGCCGUUCGACCACGUCGAGUACCGCAGCAUCCGGCUAUCGCACGACCAGAAGUCGCCGCUUGCCGUGAAGCCUGUCGAGUUCGCGGAAAUGGUGUGA